AACUUCCGGCAGCGUUCCUAUUGGCUGCUGGGUCUGAUGGGCGAAAUUGAAAUAAACGUUUGAAACCUCUCGGUGCUAAAUUGUUUGCCAACUCUUCAAUGACGAUUGUUUUCUAGCCGUGUGUUCACAGUCCUGGCUCAUUAACACGUCUAAGAUGAUGGACCAUGUUGAGCUAACGUCAGAGAUCACUCCAGAGACUCCUGGCAGACCUUCAAUCAGAAACCCCUUUGAGAGUCCUAAUGACUACCACCACCUCCGGGAAACCCUGGUGCCAAGCCCAUCUGUCUUCAAGUCCAAGCCUUGUAAAGCUACUCCACCCAAGUUUAACUGGUCAAUUGAUGAAAUGGCCAGUCUGCUCCCAGUACACAUAGACCAAGAGGAAAUCCAACGACAGUCUUUUUACCUCAGCCAGACAAGGAUGGAUUCUGACAUUGAGGAAAAGCGUCAGAGUGCCAUUGAGCAGUUUUUCACCAAAGGAGCCAUUGUGCCUUCGCCCUGGGCAGCACCAGACAGCCGUAAAGCCCCUCAGAUGUAUAUGAAAAGUUCCAAGUCUUCAAUGAUUGCAGAGGAGCCAGAAAAGAUCUCAGUUGCUUGUCAGACAACGCUUUCGUUACCUUUGGCUUUUGAUUUGGAGAAAAUACUAGGGGAUUAUUACCGCGACGAGGUAGCGUGUGACGCCGUGCAGGAGAGUCUCAGUUCUUCCUCCCUAAGACGAAAACUCUUCCUCGAUGGCCAGGGCACUUACAGUGGUUCUGACAGCUCCAGCCCGCCAAGCCCAGAGAGAAGCCAUGCCACUCAGGAGAGGACGUCUCUAAACCGAGUAGAGGGAGCUGUAGGAGGGGUUGCAAGUUCUGACGGAGAAGCUAUAUUGUCUAUCUUUUGCUCCCCUUUGUCCUGUGGUGUGUCAGUUCCGACUCCCUCGACGGGUCAGUUCUCGUCCAGUCCCAUCCAGCAUGGCUGCUUCCGGGACUGCAGCCUCGGCAGCAUCACCAGUCCUCUGUUCCCUGAUAGGUCGUCUCCUGCUGGCCUCGUCUCCCCCACAAUUUCUCCUAUUGUUGCACAUGCAGCACGCACACCCAUAUGCUCAGCUGAGAGGAAGCAGCCGAGCAAUUUGACUCCACGCGGUGCUCCGCUGGACACACAUGUCACUCCCUGCAAUGUGAGUCCUUUUGUCGAGGGUUGCUCUCCCAUUCGUAGCUGCUCCCCACACCAGCUCCAUUGCCACAACGAGCCCCAGCACAACGGCAGACCCAAGCCCCGGCCCAGAGUCCGCUGCUGGGCAUCCCCUCCCCUCAUCUCACCGAUCCUCAACCCUAAGCUCAUAGACAACCAGGAGGCUGAGCACCAACACCCCUUCUCCUCACCCACCUCCUCGUCUUCGUCCACUUCUCUCCCCCCUAUGGAACUAGAUCCAGCUUCACCUCUGGCCUGCGACGCUCACCCCGCUGACACUGAGAGAGUUAGCCUGGAUCCUAUGGAACCCAUGAAAAUGGAGGAGGGCAAGGAGGCAGAGAUAGAAGGGAGGAUAGAGGAUGAAGAGGAGGAAGGCGGAGGGCUUUCGGGACAGCUGACCAGCUCUCGUAUGGGCAAUGUGUCAGUAACGGAGAACUCUCAUAUGUUUGUAUCUCUUCUGGCAGAGGGAAGCAGCAUACGCUACGAUUCCAGCAUGCAGGUGGACAGUGGAUACAACACUACCUCAGCAGGCACAGCCAGUCUUAUAGAUGGCCUCAGUUCAGACUGUCACGGCAAAGAGUCCUUCAGUUCAAACCUGGCAGAGGAAGUCUUCCAUCUCACUCGACACACUAAAGUAAAGGUAUUUUAUCCUCACCACUGAGCCAUCUGAUCGAUGCAUUUAAAGGGAUGCCUCUUCCAGUGGAAGCUUAAGGUGAUUAUUUUGCAAUUAAAUACAGCAAAGUUUACACUAUGUUUUGAAGCAUUUACGUUGCAUUAAUAUGGUUAGGGUGAAUGGGGUCAGCUGUUAAAUGCAGUAUGAACUGAGGGGGUUCACAAGUGGUUAUUAGUUCUUUUUCAAGGUUUAAAGUUCAAGUUGCUCUACCAUAAUACGUUUCAUUAUCACAGGUUAGAAGGGAGAACCCAUACCCUAUCUUAGUCCCACUGUAAGACACUGAAAAGCUAUACUUAUACAUCAACACUUUUGGACCCAGUACUGUAUACUGGUGUGAUAAAGGGGAAGAAAAACAUGUCAAUUCUGUAUCAUUUGCACAACGGUAACCUCCUUGAAUGCUGUAUUGAUGCUGAUGUCAUAAUUUCAAUUUUAUUUGGUGAUGGACCUGAUAGAGCUUCACUUUCAGAUGACAUAAGAUUUGUACUGUAUUUAUCUUUUUACAGUUUAUCAUGUUUUUAUAUGAUGAAAGCUUUUUUCUUUUAUUGAAUGAGUAAGAAUUCUUAAAGUUCAGGUUACUUGUGGAUGUUAUUUGAAUUGUUAGAAUAUUUAUUCCUGAAUAAGACAUAAUGAAUAAUGCCACUAAUGAAUUAAAAGCUGACUGAGCCAUUUUUUUUUUUAAUAUGUUUAAAAACGUGGGUUGGAUCGUUGUCACAUUAAAUGAACUUGAAUUCUU